AUGGUCACCCAAGCUAUUAUGGCUGUCAGUCUGAGCUGUCAUGCAGACUCUUCGCCGUCAGUAAAUGCAGGCGCGACAGAUGAAGCAGCAUACAUAUUUGUUCAGAUCUGGGAGAAUAAAUUUGACUCGAGGAAAAGUGCCAGCCACCCUGCAGCGGUCCAGCCAGCAGCCAGCAGCCUGCAGCCAGCGUCCAGCAGCGGCCCCAGCCAGCGUCCAGCAGCGGUCCCAACCAACGUCCAGCAGCGGUCCCAGCCAGCAUCCAGCAGCCCGCAGCAUCCUGCAGCCAGCAGCAUCCAGCAGCCAGCAGCGUCCAGCAGCCAGCAGCGUCCAGCAGCCAGCAGCGUCCAGCAGCCAGCAGCGUCCAGCAGCCAGCAGCGUCCAGCAGCCAGCAGCGUCCAGCAGCAGCAGCAGCAGCAGCAAUAG